AACUACACAUAAAUACCUGCAACUUUUUGUUUUUGGUAAAUAUGAUCGUAAUGGUUUUUUAAAAAGCUGAAGUUGGUGGAUGCCGAUUAUAAUUUUACCAAAUAAACCUCAGCUGAAGCUCCAGUUCAUCAACUCUCUGAACAUGGGUACACAGACUUUCCUCGAAUUUCCGAGGGCAAAUUCGUUAAUCGAACCUCCUUGUGUUGAUUCAGAUGAUUAUUGAUGAUGGCUACUCCAAAUUUGUGCUCCAACUUCUUACUUCAGCUUGAAAACCCUUAGACAAAAACUACUGGGUUUAGAGACACAGAUUGAUGGCUAUAGCUCGGUUCGGUCGCCAAGCAAAACGCUCAUAUGGGUUCUGCUUGAGGAUGACAGCAGUGGCCAUCUUGGGUCUGUGUUUUAUUUUCAUUUGGUCUGUAUUUUCAUCUCCUUCUUCUUCUGUGACCUCUCAAAGAAGUACAUUUAACGAUAUCCCAAAACCUGUAUCGUCUAAUGGGAAAGUGGGUGGUUCUAAGAAUCAUAAGGUUGAUACAGGAGACAAGAAAGUAAAGAAAUUCGAAUCUGAUUUGAAAAAGGAAGAGGAAAAGGUUAAUGGGUCUGUGCCUUUUGUGUCUGUUAAUGAACAGGAGGCUGAGAAAGAAAUGGGUAAUGAGAGAAAAGAUGGGAAGUUACCCAAAGAGGUUGAUGAUAGGAAUCAUGGGUCAGAAGGAUCUGAAGGUAAGGAGGUGAAGAAAGAUGAAGAGAAUGAAGAAGGAGAAGCAGAUGAUAAGGAAGGGGAAUUGGUGGAGAGUGAAGGCAAAGAGAAUGAGGAAGUGGAAGUGGAUGGUGAUUUGAUUACUGCUGCAGAUGGGGAUCAGGAAAUCAUGGAGAAUGUGGAAGAUGAGAGUGGUGGGUUGAAAAGCAGUGGGAAGAAGAGAAAGAAAGUGGGUCCUUUGUUCGAUCCGAAAGCACGUUAUACUUGGAGAUUAUGUAGCACAAAAAGCAAGCAUAAUUACAUCCCUUGUAUUGACAUUGAAAGUGCCAAACUGCAGAGUUAUAGGCAUCAUGAGAGGAGUUGCCCUCGAACUGCUCCAAUGUGCCUUGUUCCUCUUCCCCACGAGGGAUACUCGACUCCAGUUAGCUGGCCCGAAAGCAAAUUGAAGAUACUGUAUAAGAAUGUGGCACAUCCAAAACUUGCUGCAUUCAUCAAGAUGCACAGUUGGGUGGUGGAGUCUGGAGAAUAUCUCACUUUUCCCCAGAACCAGUCUGAAUUCAAGGGUGGAAUUCUGCAUUAUCUUGAUUACAUUGAAGAGAUGGUACCGGACAUUGAAUGGGGAAAGAAUAUUCGCAUAGUACUGGAUAUUGGAUGUACAGAUUCAAGUUUUGGAGCUUCUCUACAUGAUAAGAAUGUAUUGACACUUACACUAGGCUUGAAGGAUGACCUAGUGGACUUAGCACAGGUUGCCCUUGAGCGUGGAUUUCCUGUAGCAGUCAGCCCGUUUGGAACUAGGAGACUUCCUUUCCCUAGUGGUGUUUUUGAUGCAAUUCAUUGUGGUGAAUGCCGUAUUCACUGGCAUUCUGAUGGGGCUAAGCUUCUUCUCGAGAUGAAUAGGAUUUUGAGGCCUGGUGGGUACUUUAUUUUGUCAACUGAACGUGACACCAUUGAAGAUGAAGAAGCUAUGUCCACAGUGACAGCAUCUAUAUGUUGGAAUAUCCUGGCUCAUAAAACUGAUGAAGUCAGUGAAGUAGGUGUCAAAAUAUAUCAGAAACCAGAAUCAAAUGAUAUAUACGAGUUGAGAAGAAAGAAAAACCCUCCUCUAUGCAAGGAAAAUGAGAAUCCAGAUGCUGCCUGGUACACUCCAAUGAAAACUUGCUUGCACACAAUUCCUUCUGCCAUAGAACAACGUGGGACUGAGUGGCCUGAGGAAUGGCCCAAGAGGCUUGAAACUUUUCCCGACUGGAUGAACAAUAGAGAGAAACUGAUUGCUGACACUGAACACUGGAAAGCUAUUUUUAACAAGUCCUACCUCACCGGGAUGGGUGUUGAGUGGUCAAAUGUUCGGAAUAUAAUGGACAUGAAAGCCAUCAAUGGAGGAUUCGCAGCUGCCCUCUCACAACAGAACGUUUGGGUUAUGAAUGUGGUCCCUGUACAUGCACCAGACACACUUCCUAUAAUCUUUGAACGUGGACUUGUUGGCAUCUAUCACGACUGGUGCGAGUCUUUUGGUACUUAUCCAAGAUCGUACGACCUUUUGCAUGCUGAUCAUCUCUUCUCAAGGCUUAAGCACAGGUGUAAGCAGCCAGUGGCAAUUGUUGUUGAGAUGGAUCGUGUAUUACGGCCUGGCGGUUGGGCAAUUCUACGUGAUAAGAUGGAGAUACUUGAUCCUCUACAGGAAAUAUUUAGAAGUUUGCAUUGGGAGGUCCGGAUGACUUAUGCUCAAGAUAAGGAGGGUCUCAUGUGUGUCCAAAAAACUAUGUGGCGGCCUUGAAACUCUGUUUGCAAUGUGCAUCGAGUGACCCCCGGUGGCUUCAGGUUACAUUCUUCCCCUCCUUUACCAUACAACAAAACCAAGGCAAGCUUUUAAGCUCACUUGUGUUCGAAGGAAGAGCAUUGAUUUUCUUUAUCAAUUUUGUGAGAUAUACAAGUUCAUUUGUUCGUUAUUACUAACAUGACAGUUGUCAGAUACUACCAUUUCACAAUUUUUUUUCUUUGUACUCAUUGAUUUUUGGGGUGUAUUUUGACAUCUGAUGGAAAUGAAAGCAAUUAUGUUCAGCAUCAA